UAACCUGGCUUUUGGGUUUGUGAGCCUCAUGAAACUCCUUUGUAAACUUGCGUGCAUUUUUUUCCAUGAAAAUUUAUGGUUCUCAAACGAAUCUCAUGCAUUUCUUACUCGCUGCCGCCAAAAAAAAAAGAGAUUAAGAACUAAGGACUUGAACGAAAUCAUAAGGAAUCUUAGGCAAAGUAAAUAAUCUUCAUUUCAUGUUCAGUCUUGAAUAUAGAUCAAAUCGAAGCAGUGACUUAUUUUCAUUCAUUGAUGGCUCAUUUUCCAAGAGUCCAGAAAUUCCAAAUGUCCCAUGUUUAGUAAUAGGGAAAACGAGUUCAAAAAGCAAAAGCCACACGGGUGCGGUGGCGCACGCCUGUCAACCGUGCGACCGGGGAGGCCUUGACAGGAGGAUAGCAAGUUCGAGGCCAGCCCCAGCAACUAAAUAAUGUCUUGUCUCAAAAUAAAAAAAAUAAAUAAAUAAUAAAAAAGGCUGGGGAUGGGCUCGGUAGUUAAGUGCCUGUGGGUUAAAUCCCCAAUACCAAAAGAAAGAAAGCCACUUGAAAGCGGGAGAAGAGAACUAAAUGCAGACGCUCCAUGACCAACGUGAAACUGCAGAAGGGACUGAGUAAAUUACCUGUAGUGAGGGAGAGACCGGGUCUCAGGCAGGACAGUGGGUACACUGCGUGUCCCCACCCACGUCUAUCCCCUGGGUCUCUGGGUGUAGCAAGGCUGGAGAGAAGGCAAGGCGGCUGGACGAGACCCAAGCGCGCAGCGUUAGCGCGCGGAAGCUCGCGUGGGCGUGGGGGCGAGUUCCGCCGGAAGGCGGUUCCCAGCUGGCCUAGCAGAGCAGGCUAGGAGAGGCGACCUGGCUGCGGUCCUUCAGCUCGCCGGCCGGGGCAGUGUUACGUUCAGUUCUGAUGACAGGCAAGACACGCCUCUUUUACGUCCCCGGGUCUCUUGAGCCCCUUUCUUAGCUUCUGGUCAUUUCGCGCUUGUGGGAGAGUUCCGCCUCUUCCCUCAACCACACCACCCAGAGCCCUUGGCGUGUUAAGAUCCGCCUCUUACGGAAGCCGAGGCGGACGUCAGAAUCCGGAAGAAAAACAACGCGAAGAGAGCAAGGCGUUCGUGACCUGCCUCCGGAGAGGCUGCCCGGGCCUGGACCUGCUGCACAAGGGAGACGCGAACCUGCGGGGUGACAGCGUGGGGAUGGCGGCCGUAAACCUGCGGAAGAUAUCCGGGCUGAAAGGCCGGAAGCUCAGCUGCUGCAGGUAUCCUGACUCAUAGUGUUCCUGGGGCUCACAGAAGUCUUGCUGGCUGUUCUUGGUCUCUGCAGUUCCUGUCUGCUCUGUACUCAGCACAGUCUGGGCAUCCUUGGAAUGUUGCUCCUACAUGUUGUGACAUGGAAUGUAGCCUCAGCAGCACCCCCUCUAGACCUCAGUGACCUGCUUCAACUGAACAAACAAGAUCUGAAUCUGGACAUAUAUGUUAUUGGUUUGCAGGAAAUGAACUCUGGGAUCAUAAGCCGCCUUUCUGACACUGCCUUUGAAGACCCAUGGAGCAGUUUUUUCAUGGAUGUACUUUCCCCUCUCAACUUUAUCAAGAUCUCCUAUGUCCGAAUGCAGGGACUCCUCUUACUGGUGUUUGCCAAGUAUCAGCAUUUGCCCUACAUCCAGAUCCUUUCUACAAAAACUACCCCUACUGGCUUUUAUGGGUACUGGGGGAACAAAGGGGGAGUCAUCAUCUGCCUGAAACUUUAUGGCUACUAUGUCAGCAUCAUCAACUGCCACCUGCCUCCCCAUGUGGCCAACAAUGACCAGCGGCUGGAGCACUUUGACCGGAUCCUAGAGAUGCAGAAUUUUGAGGAACAUAAACUCCCCAACAUCUUGGACCAUGACCUCAUUCUCUGGUUCGGAGACAUGAACUUUCGGAUCGAGGACUUUGGAUUGCACUUUGUUCGGCGAUCCAUAAAAAAUCAGUGCUACAGUGACCUGUGGGAGAAAGAGCAGCUCACCAUUGCCAAGAAACAUGACCCGCUGCUCAGGGAGUUCCAGGAGGGCCCUCUGCUCUUCCCGCCCACCUACAAGUUUGAUAGGAACUCCAACAACUAUGACACCAGUGAGAAAAAACGCAAACCUGCAUGGACUGACCGCAUUCUGUGGAGGUUGAAACGGCAACCCCAGACCAGACCCUUUACCCCCAAUCUGCCAGUCACCCACUUCUCCCUGUCUCUGAAGAGCUACGUCAGCCACAUGAUGUACAGCAUCAGUGACCAUAAGCCUGUCACUGGCACCUUUGACUUGGAGCUGAAGCCAUUGAUGUCUGUCCCACUGAUCACCAUGAUGCCUGAUGGCCUGUGUACCAUGGAGAACGACAUGUUGGUCAGCUACUCCUCAACCCCCAACUUCCUCAGCAGCUCCUGGGACUGGAUUGGACUGUAUAAGGUGGGGAUGCGUCAUAUUAAUGACUAUGUGUCCUAUGUCUGGGCCAGGGACAACCAGGUCUCCUUCAGUGACAACCUCAACCAGGUAUACAUCAACAUCAGCAAUAUCCCUGAAACUGAGGAUCAGUUUCUUCUCUGUUAUUAUAGCAACAAUCUGCAUUCUGUUGUGGGGAUAAGCAAACCCUUCAAGAUUCCGCUUCGCUUCUUUUUGAAGGAGGAGGAACCAUUGGGUGAGGCCCAGCAAGUUUUGAGCCAAGAUGGGAGUGAGUGAAUCCAGGGUGGAGGCUUGAGCUGGCAGCCAGCUCUGCCUUACCACUGCCAGGGGUGCUGUGGACCGGGCCCAACCCCUGAGCCUCAGCCAACCAAGUAUCCUCCACUUACCCACCUCCCAAAGUGAGCUCUAGCCAAACUUGUUCUCUCCAGGCCAGAGCUGUAGUAUUGGCACUUAAAUACAGGUUUUUGUUGCUGAGA